AGAAAGAAGAAAAGGCAUUCGGAGGGGGCGGAUAAAGCGAUCGAGCGAGCAUGGACUUGGUUGUUCUCGAGAAAAUCGAUCGAGGACGUUAAUGCGAAAUAAAGUCAAGAGGAGGUGGAGGGAAAUACUUGGAAAUACAUUGAAGUAAACAUUUUGGUAAACAAGUGUCGGAAGAAUCGGAUGGAACGACGUAGGCGCGAUAGUUUAUUAUUGAAAGAGAUACAGCGGAAAAGAGAUAAAGCUGUGACAUUUAACGGCACGAUAGAGAGAGAGAGAGAGAGAGAGAGAGAGAGAGAGAGAGAAAGACGGAUGUAGGAGGGACAGAGAGAAAGUGACGUUACUACGAUCAUACUAAGAGUGACCGAGAGGAAGAGAGAAAGCAGACGACGAGUGGGCCCGAAACAGGUCUCUCUCCACGUGACACGGACAAAAGUUCGCCGGCUGAAGGAAGAGGAGAUCGGUGCGAUCUCAGUAACGGAAGCGUUGUGCGCGAGUGUGACACAUUCGGUUGCAUCCUUCGCUUCGUCGGGUUUUUUCUUUUUUUCCUUUUUUUCCUUUUCCCUCGGCUAUUCCGUGAGAAAGUGCAGGCCUGACGUUUCACCGCGAGGGAAAGAGCACGCGGAUUACUCCGGGAUCAGAGAAGAGAGAAAUUUUGCGACGCGACGAGCGAGAGGAGGAGGAGGAGGAGGUGGAGAAAAAGGAGGAAGAGCACACGAACGCACGCGAGGAGACGCGAUAAAUUGAUAUUGCUUUAUCGGAUAUCAGCGAGAACCGGAGAGAGGGGAGACAACGGAUCUGCGCUUCCCCGGGCGAAUCCGCAAGCGUGACUGAUCCGAUGCUUCCAAAAACGAGGAACAGGUGACAAGCAAGAUCCAGACGAGCGUCUUAAGAUAACUUCCUCUUUCUCCGUGAAGAAGCUUCGAUCAGAAGCAACGAGGACGAAACGAUGUUGAGCUUACGGCGAAGGCAUUCCCGAUGGAGAAUGUUCCCCAUCUUGUUGUUCCUCGGACUGAUCUGCAGCGCCGAAUUGGCACCUGCCCGCUUACCUGAAGAAAUAUCCUCGGCACCAUCAUCGUCAUCGACACCCAAAAAGAAGGACAUUGACUUUCUGGGCGACUUCUGGCAAGCGUUGCUCCUGGUGGAUCCACAAAGCGGCUUUCAACCCAGUCUGGACUCUCGAAGAAUAACGCCGAAGAGCGUGUUCAUCGCACCGGGGGUGUUACCUGCCUGCGCAGAAGGUUAUCACGCGGACAAGAUGGGUAGGUGCGUUAAGAGCAUAAGCAUUAACGCGACCGCGCACAAGGAUUUCCUUCUGGAACGACUGAAGCUCAUGUUUAGUGGUGUACCAACUGUCAAGAGCGAUCAGAAAAAGUCGACCGGUCCCCUGCAGCUUAAUAUCCCUCUGCAGCUUAACCCUGCGGUAUCCGACAUCGAUCCUCAGCCGACGGAGAUCGAGGUCGAAGAAGCGUUCUUGAAAAACCAGCCGGUCGCGGCGCCGACUCGCAAUGGAACUUACUUCUCGGCAGACCAAGAGAAGACGAAGUUGCCCAUGACAUUGUACGAAUUGAAGAACGACACGACCUUGGACGAAGAGGAGUUCUUUUUCGGGAAUUCCAAUGUCGACGAUAUUGGAAAGAAGCUCCCGGCGACGGUUCCAGUAACGGAAUUGGUCGAGGAAACGAAUGACACCAAUUUCUCGGAAGUGGUGGAUUACAAGAUUCCAGUAGAUCUGAAGACAGCGUUGAACUCCUCGGGUGUGAAGAGGAUCGAUAUCAGUGGCGGCGGUACAGAAGAAAGCGUCUUGAUGACGGAGAAGCGAGAGAGCUCCACCGAGUCGUCGCCAGCAUUAGUGUUGCUGAUCUCGCCUACAAAACUGACGAACGUAGUGGACGAUCUGUCGCUGACGCAGAACGAGGCUGCCGCCGAAGAGGUAGUGCAGAUGUCCAAUUUCACCUCAAACGCAAACGAGAGCGUCACCACUGGUGUACCCGAUUCCGAGCUUCCUGCGAAGCAAACGACGUCGUUCCCGACAGACGAGCAACGAGACAACGAGACGUACGUGAAAGACGAGUUGGCACUGGAAACCUCCAAGCCGAGCGAAGAAACGGACUUCCUCUAUGACGAGGAAGAAGGCGACGUGGAUUAUCCGUAUAGCACAGACGUGCCGGAUGAAGACGACUCGGCUGAAGGUGAGGAGAUCCUGAAGCACGGAGAGGCCGGCAUGACGAUUCCCACGGUUCGAGAUAUCGAGCGCCAGGAUCGCGAUCGUCAUCAACGGCACCAGAUCGCGGAGUUAAAGAAGCUGUUCAAUCCAUUCAAUCAGAUCGUAGAUCAUAACCGUAACGAUUCCGCGCCCACGGAGGAUGAAGACGAGGCGGGUAGCAAUGUCUCCAGCGAAGUCAGCAUUGAUGGUGACUUCAUUGUGGAGACGACGCUCUUGGACGUGAACACCGAGAGGCUGCAAGUCACCACCAAGUCGCCGGACAUGACGGAAGAAGUUAAAGACAGCGGGGACGAAUCCAAAAACUUGUUCAGCUCGGAGACUAAGAGUUCCCAUGUUAUAUUCCCUGAUGACGUGGUGACCGUCAGCUCGCACGGACGCGAGCCAACCGAGCAGCUCUCCACUAGGUUCGAGAAUGAGAAAAACAAGGAACUAGAAAGUCCAUCCUCUUCGUACGAUUCGCCGGAGGAAUACCCGAUAACUGAAAUCCGCACGAUCAAUGAUAAACGAUUGAAAGAGAGCAUACUGCAAAAAAGUCCGAAAGAUUUCGAAUCAAACGUCCCGAGCAGUUCCAUACGGAGCACGAUGAAUUUGGACUCUGCUGAAGAUUUCGUGAGAUUUCCCGAUUACGUGAGGCGGCCGCAGCAAGGUGGUUACGUAAGGUUUCCGGAUAGCGGGGAGAUAGCAAACAGCAUACACAGUUUGAAUUACAAGCAGAACUCACGCUAUUCCGCGGACGACGUCGGCCCUUACGGCGGUACCAGCACCAAGAGCAGCGUGCCUGUCCGCCAGAAACCAGUUUAUCAUUUGAUGGCGUCGAGUUGGAAGUCGGACUUGGAUCGCGUCCAGGCGACACCCGGCGAGAGGCAGAAUCAGACACCAGAUUUAAUGCAUUUCUGGAGUAAGCUUCCGCUGAUCAAAGAUCCGGCUAUCUAUCCCGUUGAUCAGAACAACGACCAGGAACAAUCCUACAGCCGCUCCUUUCGGGCGCGAUCAUCACGAAGGUUGAGACCCUUCACGGAGACGUCGCCGGGGAAUAGGGUUUCAACGCAAAAGCGAAAGACACCAGUUAGCGUUUAAUCUUCCUCACAUCGCUUUUCUUGAAAGAAAGGUCUAACGAACUGUGUACGGAACUGUGUCAAGUGACUCGAGAAUUCCGAAAUUGCGUCAAGGUAGUUUGCGGAUUGUCGCCGCGUUUAGAUCGCUACUGUACGAGGGACUUUAUAGUAGAUAAGAUCGACAAGAAGGAUUGUUGACGGAAGACAAUCUGCGGCAAUCUGUUUGAGAAGUUCAAGAGUCGGUACUGCAUGUAUCGCGUUUAGUAUUUUUUUUUUGCUCAGCGAAUGUGUUGCGAAUCGUUUCGAAACUUCGACGAUCUCAAGAGGAGUGAUCUGGAAUCCAAGUAUCUUCCCGGUACUGCCUUCCCUUCAUGUGAGAAGAAAACUGGACUCGCUAAAAGCGGAGGGAAAUUUAGAAACGUACUUAGACAUUUGUUUAUUAUAUUUGCGUCACGUCGAGUCGGUGAUUAAAUCCGCAUCCGAAAAAAGAUUUUCAAGGAAAAUCUCACAAAUGCGUUCUGAUAUCUUAUGUAAUUAAUAGUGAUAAGAAUCGAACAGAGAAAGUAGCGAGGAAGUAGCAAGUAGCGUGCUGACGCAAAAUAUUUGUGCAAUCGAUGACAAAUUUUUUCACGUUAAUCAGAUGCUUUCUAUGGAAAGUUCAAACUGUGUCAUGCAUUUCAAAAUAAAUCGCUGAGCGUUGGAAUCACUUGUGAAUUCAUCGCGUCUGAUGAGGGAUAUUAAGUUGCGAAAAUAAAGCGUCGCUGUUUCAAACAUCAAGGUUGAUAAGGAUAGAUUUGUUUGAACUGACAUUAACUAGGCUAAUAUUUACGAAAGCUAACAUUUUCUACCAGAAUGCGCUAAAAUAGAAGUAACACUGC